AGAUUUUUUUUUUUCUGCGUUUUGGUUGUGGAUUAAAUCUAUUCUCCUGGUGAAGAGCGAUGGCUUAUAAAUCAUAGUCCAUCCUGAAACGGAGUUCUUUACCCCAGAAUAGGGUGGGGAGGGGCGAAAGGUGGGAGAAAAGAUUCGGGCCGAGAGAGGCAAUGAAUGAACCGCGGGAGAAGAAGCUAGAAAUGCAGGUUUCACACUGUUGUUCCCUAGAAACCCCGCCGGACUCAUUUCAAUUUGUCUCUCUCUAGAGGUUGGGUUUAAAGUUGAAUUUUAGUUUUAGACUGAAACCGAGUUGAGGAUCUGAAAGUCAAUCGGAAGAUCUGAUAAAAAAAACACCAGUUCCGGGUACUGUAAGUGUGAUAUAUUGCAGGUAUUAUCAUGGCAGGGUUGAAUUGUAAAGGAGGUUUUAAGAAACAGGUGAAAGAGGCAGAAGAAGAGAUGUAUUGGCUAGAGCAGUGUUUCUCAACCUUGGCAAUUUUAAGAUACAAGGAUGUGUAUGGACUUCCCCAGAAUUCCCCAGCCAACAUGGAAAAUCUUCAAAUUGCCAAGUUUAAAAUUACACUGGGUUAAAUGAUUGGGCUGGAGAGGCCUAGGUCCAAAUCUCCAUUUGAUCACAAAACUGACUGUUUGAUAUUAAUUCUUAAUGUAGUUUACUUCCCAGGAAAACUGUGAAGAUAAACAAAAUUAUGUAGCCCAAAAUUAUGUUUCCUACUUUGGAGAAAAUUCAGGAAAUAAAUAAAAAUCCUAAAAGAAGAAUAUCAUAUGUGGAGCAAAGAAGUGUUAUUUUCUGUUGUUCUAUUGAAAGUGAUGCAAGUCUUGUCUUGAGUAUGUGUGUUUGUGUUUGCUUGGCACAGCAAUGAUCCUAACAUGAUUUGAUUCUGGAUCCCACAGGAUGGAUGAAUAGAUAUGUUCGACUUCGGGCAGGCAGCUGAAUAAGGUUCUUGCAAAUACAGAAGAGAAAGAGAAUGUGUCUAUGACAUGAUGGUAGUUGGAAAAAGAAAGGACUCUUCCGUGGUUUGAAAUACCAGCUCAGCCUUGCAUAGUUCCAAGCUCAUGGCUGGAAGUCCGGUGCCCCCUCGGAGGAAGGUGGUUGAGGAGACACGGCUGGUGUUGGAAGCAUUCUUGCAAGGAGCAUUAAACAACGGAGAGGAUGGGGCCCCAGGUCAUGUGGGUCGUGGCUACCAUGACCCCCAAAGUUACAUGUCCAGGUCCCCUGCGGAACAUUUUCCAAAGUGUCCUGCCUGCAGCCCUGUUCAUGAAGGAAGUAACUGUGUGGAAGGGAAAAAACAUGGUAUCCGCACCAGCAUUAAGCACCUGUUGCAGAAGCGGUCCAGUGCUCGAGGACCCUCAGACAAUCUGCCCACCCCUGGAGACUCCUUAAAGAAAUCUAAGCCAGGACUUGAAGGGGCCCACCGCAAGCGCCACUUCUCCUUCAAGGGCCUCCUGAAGAAGAAGACUGCUUCAGCAGAGAUAACCGACUCCAAUGCUCUCCCCAGGCGGCCUGACACGUUGCCUCUUGUCACCUGCUAUUGCAAACUGCAGGCAGCUGAACCAGAAGAGGCCCAGGCAACAGGCAAUGGUGAAGCUGAGGAUGCUGAAUUUUAUACUUUGGUGGCUCAGAAACUAGAUUACUUUUUGAAACACCAACAACGGAUCAGCCCUAUAGCUGCAAAAAGCUCAGUUUCUCCCAAAGAUCCAAACAUUACAAUUUCCACAGACACAAUCUCUGAUUCAGUUGCCUUGGAAAAAGUGCCAGAACAAUUGGCUGAGAAACAGAAAGAACAAAUCCUUCAGAAAUUGGUUGCCCUUCUGGAAGAGCAGGCUGCCGUCUUCAAUAAAAAGAUUGAAGCUGACCCAUUGCUACGCAACACUAUCUCCCGCCUCUCCUACCGCAGCUUUACUCACCUGGCUGAAGCCUUCACAUCACGUACCCCACCUGGGGUCUCUAGCCCUCAGCUAGCCAAGCUAGCCCUUACCAUGGAACUAACAAGGAAAGUGGCUGGCAUCAACAGCCAUGCAGUACAUACCCUCAUGGGCUACAGUUUGCAGUACAUGGAUAUGUUCAUACCUUGGCUCCAGCAGCAAGGUGGCUGGGAGAACAUUGUAGCCCAGGAGGAGAUAUUUGACUUGCAACUUGACUGAACCAAUUUCCGUGCACCAGUGGCAAAGCUCUUAUGAUGAAUCUUGUUUGCAGAAGACUGAGUGCUGGGUAGAGCUGCUAACAUCUAAAGAUAUUUGUGUCUUUCCACCUAAGCUAAAUCCAAAGGGACAUUUUUUUAGUAGCCAUCACUGGAGCUAAUUCUGAAAUAUUAAGAAUUAGCAGAAACCAACUCUAAUCUUCUGUUUGGAGUGAAUUGCAAAAUUGAUCACAGUAUGCCAAAUUUUGUUGUCAAGUAUUCCUGCAGAAGUAUGAAGAAGUUACUCCCUCAUAAAUCUUCCAGUUGUUAAAAUAUUUCUGAAAGGCUGCCUUUCAGAGAUGCCUGCCAUCAGGCACGAAAAGUGAUUCCUUUGGUGAUAGCCUCUGCUCUUCCAAGUAAGUCUUACUGAGGAAGGCUUGAUUUUUUUUCUUUUCACCCAAGAUGAACUUUCUUUCUCAGAUUUUAUACUUGAGAUUAAAUAGAUACAGUCAAAUCUUAUUUUAUCCCUAUUUUGAGAUGGAUGGAUGGAAAUUUUUAGAUGUGCCUUUGCUUUGUUCUGAAUUUCUUGUUCUGAGGUUCUCUGAGAAAUUUUGGGAUUUUAGAACAAGAAAAAGAAUUCCUAUGCAAAACUGACUUGAAGAAGACUCAUAUUAAUUUCAGUGGGACUACGUUCUGUGUAAAUAGGGGGAGAAAAGAAACUUAAUAACAAACUCAGGGAUAUGGGAGUGUGUUUGUUUAAUGGCAAUAGCUUUUCUGAAGCACUGUGAUAUUUUUUUUUUGAAUAAAAAUUUAAAGAUUCUUAUA